AUGUCAGCCAUGAAGCGGCUUUUGCGGAAUGCACGAGAAUGUCUUGGCCGCCGCGAAUACAGGGAUGCCCUCCAGCACUGCAAAGAAGCUCUGGCGGAGGAUAAAUCUUGCUACGAGGCAUACAUCUAUGUGGGCAAGGCGGCCUUCCACCUGCAGGAGCACGCGCAGGCCGAGGCCGCCUACCGUCGGGCCGCCGAUUUGGAUUCCCGCAAUCCCCUGGCCUGGCAGGGCCUUGCGGAGCUGUUCAUGGAGACAGGCAGGCUCUCCGCGGACGCCGCGGAUAUUGAGGCGCGAGUGGGGGCGAGGCUGGCUGCGGAGGCGGAGGCCCUGGCGCCCGGCGUGACACCCGAACAGGCGGCGGCACUUGAGUCUACGGUUCGUGGCGCGGUUGAGGGCGAGUGGGCGGAGGAAGCUCUAGAGCUGGACGCCGACCACGCCUCCUCCACGCUGCGCCGCAUCAUCACGUUACGUCCGCCCACCCCACCGUACGUGCCGUACUAUGAUGCCUUCCUCAAGCGUCUUCGCAAGUACAUCCAGGCCGCCCCCCCUGGAUCGAUGGAGCGACACUCCCGACGUGCCGUACUGCUGGCUGCGGCCAAGGCGACCAUGGAGGGGCGCUGUGGGACCAGGACGGUUUCUUUCUAUCGGUUGCUGUUGGGGUUACACAGCCAGUAUUGGUCCAACCUCGUCAAUGCCGCCGCCAGGCCGGCGGCAAACUUUAUUUCAGCUCACGACCCCUCCCUGGAUGCGGCCAGCCUGAGUCCCCCCUUGGAGACCCCGCCCCUGCCGCUGCUAGUGGCGGAUUGCGGCCGCAUCGCCUCACACCUGGCGCACAGCUUCCCCUGGAGCGCCACCGCGCAGCUGCACACCGCGCUCAGCCUGCGCCGCCGGGCGGCGGUGUACGGCUUUGACGCCGCCGCCAACGGGUGUGCUGUAGCGCGGCUGCCGCCAGCGGCCCCGACGGCGGCGGCAGGGGCGGCGGGGGCGGCGGCAGUAGCGCCCGCUACCACCAGUGCAGGCGGCGGUCGGCGGAAACAGGUGACGGGUAUGUUGCUGUCCGCUCUGUGCCGGGGGGCUCGGGGGGUGUCUGGCUGGCUGGCGGGGUGCGAGCUGCUGCUUGAGGAGGGGGCGGCGGAGGCGGCACUGGAUGCGUCCAAGGAGGGUCUCAAGUACGUGGCCCACAGGGACCUGGUGGGCAAGGAGAGGCUGGCGGGGGCGGCGCUGCUGCUCAGGCUGCUGGCGGGGCUGGCGCUGCUGCGACUGAGGAAGCUGGAAGAGGCGCAGUUGCUGCUGGAGGGUUUGGCUCACGGUGUGAGUGAGGGCCACGUGGCUUCUGGGGAGCUGGCGGGAAUACCGCCUGUCAAUAUAUGCCAGCAGGGGAAGAGGCUCCUAGCCCACGUGGCUGUGGCCCGCGGUGAUGUGGCGGGCGCCCGCCACCGGUACGAGGAGCUGGUUGGCGGUCAGUUGAUGGGUCGCAGUGCGGCGCCCCUGGAGGCUUGGGUGCAUGGAGAGCUGGGGAUGAUACUGCUGCGGCAGGGGCCCGCGGUAGUUGAGGGUGCCCGUUUCCAUCUACAAUCUGCUCUGGCGGCGCUACAGCCAGCCCUGGACGCCGCCGCCGCCGCCGCCGCAUCCCCUGCCGCCACCGCGCUGCUACAGCUCCAACAAGAGGCCGCCACUUACCAGCUGCAUCUGGCUCUCGCACUGGGGAUCAAGGGCGGAGGCCGUCUGCAGUCCGACGACGGUACGGAUGCCGCUAGCGGUACCGGCAGCGGCGGCACGGACGCAGCGGCAGCGGCGGCGGCGGCGGCGGCUACAGCGGGCCCUUCCCUGGAGCCGUACCGUUCCGACUGUCGUGAGCUAUUGCUGUCGGCGGCGGCGGUGCCGGGGCCGCUGCAGGCGGCGGCGUUCACAUGGCUGGGGCACUGGUACGGCAGGGCUUCGGAGCCCAGUGACGAGCUCAAGGCCCGGCGAUGCUACCAGCGCGCGCUGGCUCUAGAUCCGACCCAGCUGUGCGAGGAGAUGAGAGCCCGAGCUCUCGCUGGCGGCGGCGGCGGCGGCACCGCGGCAGCGGCUGGCGGCGGCGGCGGCCUGUGCGGCCCCGCCUCGCUGUUCCUCGUCCACCCGAGGCUGCUGCCCGCUGUCGCUGCUGCUACAUCUGCGACCGCUGCUGCUGCUGCUGCUGGCUCUGGCGGUGCUGGAUGGGCCCUUCGUAGUUUGGCGCGGCUCCAGCGGGAUGGUGGGUCCAACGAAGCGGCAGUGGCCAAUUACCAGGCGGCAAUCCGGUUGGAGCCAGCCGACUCUGAGCUUUGGGAGGGGCUGGCGGCAGCCUACCAGGCUCUGGAUCGCCACACGGCGGCGCUCAAGGUGGGCGGGGUGGAGGGGUUGCAGGAGGGCGGGGUGGAGGGGCUGGAGGCGUGGCUGGCGGGAGGAGGGGAAGUGGUGGAGGAUGAAUGGCUGGCGGAAGGGGGCGGCGGCGGCGGCGGCGGCGGCGAGGGGGCAGUGGGGGACGCGCAGGAUGUGAUGGCGGCGGCGACGGCGGCGUCAGAGGGUGGGAGGCGAGCUGGGACGGCGCUGGGGGGCCAGAGGGGAUAUGUCGCGGGUCAGGGUGAGGGUGAGGAAGGGGGGAACGAGAAAGGGGAGGGGCUGGAGGGUGGCAACGGUGGGAGAGGGGACGGCAAGCAGCCGCUGCCAGUGACCCGUGGACCUCCACCGCCUCCUCGCAUGUGCCGUACACCGCCGCCUGGGGAAUCACCUCCCUUAAACACUGUCCGCGAGCCGUCAGGUACGGCAAGAUGGGAUGUCGUACUGAAUGAAAUCCAGUCGUACGGCCGUGCCCUGGAGCUGUCCCCCGGCCGCCUGUUCAGCCGCAUGCAGGCGGCGGCGCUGCAUUACCAAAUGGGCGACAUGCCGGCGGCGCUGUCGUACUACCGUAAAGCGCUGGCGGCGGCGCCAGGCAACGCCGCGGGUCUGCUCGGGUGCGGUGAGGUACUGCUGGCGCAGGCAGCGCUGGCGGCGCGGAUGGGCGCCGCCGCGGCGGCGGCAGCUGAGUUGGCGGAGGCAGCGGAGCUGGCGGCGCGCGCGACGGCGCAGUACGGCAACCUACAGGCUGGCCUGGCGGCGGCGCGGGACCGUCUGUCCCAGUUGCGGUUGGCGCGGCGGGCUUACGCUGCGGCAGUGCAUUUGGACCCACGGGUCGCUGGGCUGUGGGGCGAUUUGGGGAUGUCGUACCAUCUGCAGUUGGAGCUUGAAGGCCAGCACCCCGGCUUGGCAGCUGAUGCCCAGACGAGUGGACUGAGGGCCUCCUCGCACCGGGGCCCCCCCCGGGCUCUGGCUCUGGAUCUGGCGCGAGGUGGUCUCCGGAUCGAUCCCACAUCCGACUGGCUAUGGAGCUGCUCCGGAACCAUUGCUGCAGCCGCAGCCGCAGAUUCGCCCGCCAUGGCCGCCGUCGCCGAGUACUGCUACAGCCGCGCGCUACAGCUAAACCCGCGUCGUGCGCCAAUGUGGGCGGCGCUGGGGCGGCUGUACGCGGCACAUGGAGAGGGCGGCCUGGCAAGCAGGUGCUUCGAUGCAGCUCGGAGCCACGAGCCCACCUCCAUUGCCGUCUGGGAAGCCAUGGGCGAUGCAGCACUGCGCAGAGCAGCAGCAACCGCAGGGGGAGGAGGAGGAGGGAGUCUGGCUGGCGGUGUCACCACGGCCGCGUGGCGCGACGCGGCAGACGCGUACGAGCAUGCACAGCUGCUAGGUGGCGACGUGGAGUCGAGGCUGGGCUUCGUCCUAGGAAGCCUGGUUACCAGGGAUAGGGGCAAGUACGGCGCCGCCGCCGCCGCCGCCGCCCCAGCAGCACCCGCCGCGGACAGCGGCACCGUACUUGCCGCCGCCACCAAAGCUGUCGCCGCGCAUCCGCUGCUGGCGUCAGCACACUACUCCAGGGGACUGGCUUUGGAGGCGCGGGGCGACUAUGCGUCUGCCGUACAGGCGCUCGAAACCGCGCUGGUACUUUUGGACGAGUGUAGUGGAGAGUCUCUCAAUCAGCAGCAGCGGUCGGAGUCGUGUUCCGCCCCGUCAAUCCUUCCCUUCGACCCACGGGUCGCUCCGACGGUCCGCGUAGCUGUCCAGCUAGACCUGGCGCGUGUGCUCGCAGCAGCUGGGAGCAGCAAAGAGGCCAUCGCGUUGUACGACACGCUUCGUCAACAGGGCGCCGUACGGCCCGACGAUUUCGGAGCUGCGCUGUCGUACGCUGCGGCACUGCAGCAGGCCGGUCGGUCAUCGGAAGCACUGUCGCACCUGAUCGCCGUACUUUCCAACGCCGCCGUGCCGCCGCAACUUCGCGUCGUCGCCGCUACCGCCGCCGUACGGAUCCACAUUGCGUCGCGGCGGUGGGACGAGGCGUACGGCAUCGUCCUAACGGUAUUGGCGGACCUGCCGGAGGAGGGCCCUGUCGUCGCCGCGGCCUCCACCGGCGGCGAAAGCGCAGCGGAAGCUGCCGCCAAGCUUUGGCGGGUCUUGUUAGCAGGAUUGGUGACCGCGGGAGCCCCCGAGCUAGAGGCUCAGAUGCUAACUGCGAUGCGCCAGUGGACCUCGGGCCGAGGGGACCUGGAUACGGCAAAGCACGAGUGCCGUGUCCAUGAAUUGCUGAGUGCCAAGCACCGAGCAGCCGGCGCCGCCACCGCCGCGCUUCGCCAGGCCGCUCGUGCCGUACGUGCUUGCCCGUACGACAGGGCUGCCUGGGCUUUACUAUCGCAUACUGCCGUACAAGCCUUUGGCCCGCGGCAUGCUGUUCUCGCAGCGCGCGCGGCGCCGCGGGACAAGGCGCGGCACGCAGCGGCGGUGGCGGACGAGAACGAGGCGCCGAGCCUGACGGCGCCGCCGGGUGCAGCGCCGCUGACGCCGUCGGCGGCGGCAGCACACGCCGCAGGAGUAACAGCAGCGGCCGCCGCCGCCGCCGCCGCUGCCAAGGGCAGCGCCGGCGCGACUGGGACCAUGUUGAUGCCGGCGUUACGGGAGGCAGCGGCGCGGAUGCGUCGUGUCGUACAUGCUCAGCCGUACGAAACGUCGGCCUGGUAUUUAUGUGCGCUGACGGAGCUCCAGCAUGCCAUUGCAUCCGGAGGCCAGGUACGACUUUAUCGCAGCGCCGCUGUGGCGGCGCGUGCCGCCGCCACCAAGGCCAAGACGGACCUUGCCGCGUUGCCGACGGAGCCGCCGCCGGCGACGGCGGCGGCUGCGCCGCCGCCGUCUCCGGGGCUACGGCCUCCGCCCGGACUUCCUCCCGUAUUGGCGCUGGCGAUGUCCGCACAAGCGGUGAGUGCCGGCUGCAGCUGCAACUGCGGGGCCACGACGGCGGCGGCGGCGGCGGCGGCGGGGGCGGAUGUGCCGCCGUACGGAGUGGCGCUCGUGAGGCUGCCGAGGAGGCGCUCCGGUGAGACUGGGGGAAGACCGGUGGCGAUGGUCAUGAUGGCGGUGUUCUUGGUGUUGGUGCCAAUGGCUCGACUGCACGUGGCCACGGGUGACAUGCAGCUGGCCAAUGCAGCCUACGAUCAAGCCUGUCGUGCUGCUGCUGCGGCUGCAGCUAGCAGCAGUAGCAGCCGCUGUAGCUCUGGAGCAGUCCCCAGCUAUGAGCUACUGCCUGCCUUGGAAUGGGCGGCGGUGCGGGCGGCGGCAGGCGAUACGGCGGGAGCGGCGACUCAGCUUCUCUCAGCAGCACGCAGCGGCGGCGACGACGGCGCCGCCGCUGCUACUGCCGUACCGUCGCGUCCUGCCACUGCUCUGGCGGACGUGGCUUUUGUCCAGUGGAUGCUGGUCAUGUUGCAGCUUGGGGAGGUGGAGGCGGCGCGUGCGGCCGCUGCGGAGGCGGCAGCGGGGGGCCCGGCGGCGGUGUGGCGGCGGCAACCGUCGCCGGGUUUGCGCUCGGCAGCGUAUGCCGUACAGGCCGCAGCGGCGCUGGUGCAGGCGGCGCUGGUGCAGGCGGCGACGGCGGCGGGGACGGAGGACACCACUACAGCAUCUGCAGCCGUCCGAAAGAAGCAUCUUCUGGAGGCACGGUGGGCUGCUCGGGAGGCACUCAAGCCGCUGAGCCUGGAGCGACCCGCGGGUCAGUUGGGUCACCGCAGAAGCGCACCGCCGCCAGGUCCGUCGGGACCCGCCGCGGCGCUGGCGGCGGCGCUACUUGGCUGGGCUGAAUCUGGACUGGGCAAGGAGGAAGCUGCCCGUGAACUUCAGGCGCAGGCCAUGGGCGUUUGUGGACGCGUGGGGCAGCAUGGCGGCCGCAGCUCGGGCGCGGUGAACUGCAGUGGGGCGGUUGCCGUUUAG